UCCUGUGACCUCCCGACAGUCCGUUUCAAGAUGGCGGCGGCUCCGAGUGGAGAAUUUACACAUCUCCGAUAAAAACUAAUCCGAGCGGCAGCAACUUUAAACCCGCGCUCUGUCGGAGGAUGAGACGGAGACACGGACGAGUCAGAACUCAAGAGAGGAGAUUAACCGUCGGGGACGACGUCGGAGUUAUGGAAUAAUAAAAAAGAAAAAGAAACAGUUGCUGGACUCGCAGGGCGGUGAAGGGCCCGUUGUUUUAGCCCAGCAUGGACAGCUUCUUCAAGGCAGCUGUGUGUGACCUGGACAAACUGCUCGACGACUUCGAGCUCAAUACUGAGGAGCUGGAGUGUAAGUCUGUUUUCCUGAAGCCGCCCGUGUUCCCCUUCUCCUCUCUGGGCUCUCAGUGUUUGUCGUCAGAGGCGUCCACCGUCCCGCCGAACCUCCCCGACCUCAACUCCCUCCAUUAUGGCUCCGCCACCAGCUGCCCCGACCGCUCCGGUGCUCAUAACCGCAGCGGCGGCGGUGGUGCAGACGACAGAGAGGUCAAAGGUCAGCCUCUCACCGCCGUGGACCUCCUCUCCUCUGUGGAUCGGCGGCCGGCUCAGAGCUCCGCCCCUCCCUGCCCGGACCGAGCGCUGAAGCCGGUGUGCGACCUCGUGAACGACACGAGCUCGGCCAUCCUGGUCAGGGCCAACAGCCACGAUGCUUUCAGCGAGCUGGACAUGGUGGAGAAGCAGAUGGAGGAGAUGGAGGAAGAGGAGCAGGAGGAGGAGCUGCUGGUGGACUUUAACAGCCCUGUGGUCAGUGUCCACAGAGAGGAGCAAGACCAGAGCAACGCCGAGGAGGAGCAAGCCUCCGCGGGGAAGGACGAGCUGCUGAGUUUAAACCCCCACGAGCCGAGCGGCGAGUACUCGGCCUCGCUGAGUCUGCUGGACGUCAUUCUUCCCGCCGCGGUGGAGCGAGGCUGCGAGUCGACGGAUGAUUCGCUGUCACCGAGGCCUGAAGAGGAGAAAGACUGCGAGGAGGCGGCGUGCACAAACCAAGCAGUGGUUAACUCCUCAGACCACUGUGAAGCGCAGAGCGCUGCGCCUCCUGAUAGCGUUAAAGACACGACAACAACCUCAGUGAACGACGAGGAGGAGUCACAAGAAGCCUCGGAUAAAGGCGAGGAAGAGCCUCCUGCUGGUGAGACAGGUGAGACAGGUGAGGCUCCUGCAGGUCCGCAGUCUGGGGAAUGUGUUAGCCUAUCAUGCCUGCCCUUAGCUGUGUCCAUGUGUGGAGCUCUGGUGAAUUCAAACACCGCAGAAGAAGAGUCGGGACAAGCUGAUGAGGUCUGUGAGAGCACCGAGGCCGACGCCAUGUCGGCCCUGGAAGCCCGAGAGGACGCGUCCCAUUCAGAGGAGCCUGUCGACUCGUCCGCAGAGGGCAGGGCGUCACCGGAGGGGCAGCGCCUCCCCUCUGCAGAUGCUGCCUCAUGUGAUCGCCCAGAGCCCAGCCCGGUGGAUCCUCCAGAGUUCGGCUUCGAAUACCUGCCAGAGAGCGACCAGGCCGAGCUGCUGGUCACGGACGAGGAGCUGGAUGCGUUCCUGCGGGAGCACACCGAAGCUGAGCAGGGCGGAGGCAUCUCCGGAGAUUUCACCCAACCGGAGAGUCUCUCCGAACCAAACGGAGGUUUGGAAGAGGAGCCGAGGAGCUGUGGACGGGAGGAUCUCGAAAGUCUGGCCUCUCCGGAAAGCGACAGAACGAUGUGCGUGUCCGCAGAGGCAAGUUCGAACCCCGGUGCUCCGUCAUCACUGCUGCAGGACUCUCACCAAGAAGAGCCCGAGCUCUCCUCUGGAGUAAGCCAUUCUUUGACCAGCAACACUUUCCAGUCCCAGCACAGCAGUAGCCCCGAUCAGCAGCCCUCCUAUGGAGGCGCACGGCCUAAACAGCUACACUGCCAAACUGCGAGAUCUCCACCAGCAGGAGAAGAAGGCGAGGAGCAACAGACGCUCGCGAAAGAGUCGAGCCAAGCAGAGGACGGAGAGAGUUCACCCACGAGCCCCAGCCCUUCAGAGGAGCAUUCCAACAUCAGGGACCUGAGCCCUAUGUACGCCUCUCAGGAGCCUCAGGAGUACAGCGUGGGGUACGAUGAACUCUCUGAGCCUCCGCCUUACCCCGGCGAGCCAGCAACCGACGGCGCCAGGCCCGUUAACUGGAAGAGGGAAGGAGGCGAGGAGCUGGGGAGCCGACAGCCGGCCUGGGUGCCCGACUCUGAAGCUCCCAACUGCAUGAACUGCUACCAGAGGUUCACGUUCACCAAGAGGCGGCAUCACUGUCGAGCCUGCGGAAAGGUUUACUGCGCCGUGUGCUGCAACAGGAAGUGUAAGCUGAAGUAUCUGGAGAAGGAGGCUCGCGUCUGUGUCGUCUGCUUCGACACGAUCCACAGAGCUCAGGCCCUGGAGCGGAUGAUGAGUCCUGCGGGUCCCAGUCCGAACCCCAACGUGCCAUCUGAGUACUGCAGCACCAUCCCCCCUUUGCAGCAGGCUCGUGCCGCCGGCACUCUUAACUCUCCUCCACCGACCGUCAUGGUGCCUGUGUCCGUUCUCAAACACCCAAACAACGACAGUUGCCCUCGCGAGCAGAAGCGCGUGUGGUUCGCCGACGGCAUCUUGCCCAACGGAGAGGUGGCGGACACGACCAAGCUGUCGGUGACGAGCCGCCGGAGCUCGCAGGAGUUCAGCGGAGUCGCCACAGACCAGACGACACCCGGCUCUGCGGGGUCAGAGGUCGGCGUCGGUGGCUCCUCCUCGUCCUCCUCCUCCUCGCCCGAAGCUUCGGGAGCCGUGGAGGUGGUUCGACUUCCUCUGUCUGGACCCUGGGAUUACGCGCUGCUCUCUGGAAUCGGCUCUUCGGUGAAGAGGGUUCCCAGCCUGCUGCCGGAUAACGAGGACGAGCUCCCUCCUCUGCUCAUCACCACCGGAGAGGACGAAGCAGGAGAUGUUCUGGUUGAGGAAAGUCCGGCUCCGUGUCAGAUCCUUCACUUGUUAGAAGAAGGAGGACCUCGACCUCUGACGUUCGUGCUGAACGCCAACCUGCUCGUCAACGUCAAACUGGUGACAUACUGCAGCCGGCAGUGCUGGUGUUUCGGCUCGAACGGGCUUCAGGCUCUGGGGCAGAGAGAGUUGGUGUUUCUGUUGGAGUGUUUGCCAGAAGAAAAAGCUCUUCCUAAAGACCUCUUCACGCUCUAUCUCAACAUUUACCAGGAAGCUCAGAAAGGGAAGUUUCUGGAGGAGCUGGAUAACGUGACGUUCACGAGCAGCUUUCUGGGCAGCAAAGAUCACGCCGGGAUGCUCUUCUUCUCUCCCACCUGUCAGCCUCUCGACGGCCUCACUCUCCCUCCUCAGCCUUUCCUGUUCGGUCUGCUCAUCCAGAAAUUUGAGGUGCCCUGGGCCAAAGUCUUUCCACUCAGGCUGCUUCUACGGCUCGGAGCCGAGUACAGCGUUUAUCCCACUCCGGUGACGAGUGUUCGUUUCCGUGAGUCCGUGUAUCGAGAGACCGGACACACCAUCAUGAAUCUGCUGGCUGACCUGAGGAACUACCAGUACAGCCUGUCGGUCGUGGAGGGCCUGAGGAUCCACAUGGAGAUGGGCCACAGCUACAUCGACAUUCCCAAAGGGAGCUUUAACGAGAUGCAGAAGGUGGUGAACGCGUCCAACGAGCACGUCAUCAGCAUCGGAGCUCGCUUCAGCUCGGAGGCCGACUCUCACCUGGUGUGUUUCCAGAACGAGGACGGAAACUAUCAGACUCAGGCCAACAGCAUGCCGGGAAAGACCCGCACAGUGACUGGAGCCAGUUUUGUCGUGUUCAAUGGAGCCUUGAAAGCUUCCUCCGGCUUCAUCGCCAAGUCCAGCAUUGUUGAAGAUGGGUUGAUGGUGCAGAUUCCUCCGGAGACGAUGGAGUCUCUGCGCACCGCCCUGAGGGAGCAGACCGACUUCCACAUACCCUGUGGUAGGAAUGACGGAGCGGAGGUCCGAGAAAACGUCACCGUCCGCUGGGUCGACUGGAGUUCACCUGUCAACACAGGUAAAACCAGCGGUGUUGAUGGUCGACCUCUGGAUGGAGUCCGCAGCGUCAGAGUCCUUCAGGACACAGAGUUCGAGUCGGACGGACGAACUAUCAAGUGCACUGAGGUCUUCUACCAGCUCAAGAAUCCGGACUGCAGCCUCGCCUCGGUGCUGUCGUCCUGCAGCGUCUUUCAGAAGGAGAUGGCUUUGGCCACCUGCGGCGCUCUGACUCCUCACCUCACCGUCCUCACCUCCAGCGGCAUCAACUCGCUCUCUCUUCGCAUCUCCACGCAGGCUGACAUGGUGGAGUACCAGGCCGGUUGCGGAGGUCGACUCCUCCCUCAGCGCUACAUGAACGAGUUGGACAGCGCCCUGAUUCCCGUCAUCCACGGCGGUGGCGCCAGCGUACCGCAGACCGCCAUGGACAUGGAGUUCAUCUUCUACAUCACUCACACCAUCUAACACACACUCAGAGUAUUAAAGGUGGUCGAGCACACAAAGAGGAUGAGGAGGAGGAGACGUAACGUUCCCACGCUCAGGUGGCAGGAUGUGAACUCGAUGAUCCGCUGUAUGUUUGUGUGUUCCCGUGCUCACCAAAGCUGCUUUAAUACAAGAAGCCAAACACUAAAAACAUGGACGACACGACCAAAAACAACCAAACUAUUCGUCUUUUUUUCUUCUUCUGCUCUGCCUUCCAGGCUCCACGCUGACCUCCGUCAGCUCGGAGCUCCUCAGUGAAUGUUUCCCCACAGACACUAUGUUGAAAUGUCUCUUAUUUGGAUGUAUUUAUUAUAUUUUAAUAUGGGCUCACUGAAUGAAACGAUGACAUUAAAGCUAAGGGACUUUACUGACUGCAGUAUUCAGAUUACUUCAGAGGUGUGAUCAGGUGCUACUGUAAAUGUACGCCUCCUCUCAGAGGUACGACGCUCUCAUUUCAUGAACUGGUGUAUUUAUAAUACUGCACAGUGAAAACAACACGGGGCCUCGCGCAAGAACGUCCAAAAAUCUCCGAAAUCAGCCGACAAAAACACAAAAAUAUUUAGCUCCGAUAACAAGUGGCAAGCGUGCUAGCCUCAGCUAACUGCUACAUGCUAGAUUAGCUUAGUUAAUGUCAGCAGAAUGAUAGCUAACCAGCCAACAAUUGAUGUCAACGAAGGUAGCGUUUUGCUAAAAUAAGCUAUCAGACGCAACUAGCUCGCUAACGAUUGACUUCGGUUAGCUAGCUAGUGUUUUGCUCAAACUCUAGUUAACUAGCUAGUUAAUCUACGUCAGUAGUUAGCUAGUGUUUUGCUCAAACUCUAGUUAGCUAGUUUGUUAAUCUACGUCAGUAGUUAGCUAGUGUUUUGCUCAAACUCUAGUUAGCUAGCUAGUUAAUCUACGUCAGUAGUUAGCUAGUGUUUCGCCAAACUCUAGUUAACUAGCUAGUUAAUCUACGUCAGUAGUUAGCUAGUGUUUUGCUCAAACUCUAGUUAACUAGCUAGCUAAUCUACGUCAGUAGUUAGCUAGUGUUUUGCUUUCUUUAGCAGAAUGCUAGUUAACUGGCUAACAAACAGUUUAUGUAAAUUAGCUAGUGUUCUGUAGCAGACAGAGCUAAUUGCUAAUUAGCAUUUUGCUAACAUUAGCUAGCUUAACAUAUACAAGCUAGCACGUAGCAUCGUUAAGUAGUUGGCACAAAAUCCCUUAAGUUUAAUCGUAGAUGACGAAACAAAAUAUUUCUUGCGUGAGGCCCGUUUUGUGUCAAUAACAGGUAUUUUAUUCGUAUACGUGAGGAUUAAAAACAACACGGCGGCUCUCUUUGUUUGCUGAGCAGUAUUUUCCAGCUCUAAUUAAAAAAAAAAAAAAAAUACCAAUGAUUUUUCUUCAGUUUAAAUGAUCGUACUUUGCACAGCUGAUGGGAUCUUCACAUCAACGUUUUAUGACUCUUAUGACACAUUUUGCAAGUCAUCUCAUGUUUGUUUGUAUUUUUGUUUUUUUUUAAGAUUUAACGAUCUAUUAUUAAUGUACAGGCUUUAUGAAACUUUAAUGACACUUUGGGUAAUGUGCUUAUUUGCUUUCUUGCCAAGAGUUAAAACUAUAAUAGAUACCACUCUCCUGGUUAGCUUAGCUUAGCUUAGCUUAGCUUAAAGACUGGAAAUGGGGAAACUGCUAGCCUGGCUUUGUCUAGUUAGUAAAAAUCUGUCUAAAACUCUCAAACGAACACAUUCUAUAUCCUGUUUGUUUAAUUGUUAAAACAAGAAGUGGUGGUUUUACGGGAAUAUUCCAACUAGCCAGCAGCUAACGUAAGCAAAGCUAGCAUUGCUAACUUUAGCGGUCAGAUAAAAAGCUAGCUAAUGAUGUAACUAACCAAUUGGUUUAAAUUAGCUAGUGCUUUGUUAUUGUUAUCUAUCAUAUACAACUAGCUGGCUAAGGAUUGAGAUAGUUAUCACUGAGAGCUUGUUACUAGUUAAAUACUAGCGUAUUGCUAGUUAGCUACCUAACUAGCAUUUUGCUACAGAGCAAGACAUGAGCUAACUAGCCAGCUAAUCUACAUCAUUAGUUAGAUAGCUAGUUACAUCUGAUAGCUAAUGUUAACAAAACUACUACUUUACAUCAGUUGUUAGCUAGUUAGCAAAGCUAGUUAACUAGCUAACAACUGAUGUAAAGUAGCUAAGCAAAGCUAACGGUAGCAAUCAUAUAUAGGUUGCUAGGUAACAGUUGAUGUAGAUUAACUAGUGUUUUUUUCUCCUAGUUAACUAGCCAACUUAAAAUCGUUAUCUCACGAAAGAAAAUCCCCCGUAAAGUCACAGCUUGUUGUUUUUCUGUUUUAUUUUAUAGAAAAGAAAGAAAGCGAAUAAGCAGAUUUCCACAAAAUAUUGAACAUACUUGUAAAAAAACAAAACAAAAUAACUCCGCUCAGCAGCAAGUAUUUUACCACAUGGUGAAAAGCGUCAGACCAGUUUCAUGUUUUGAAUUAAUUUAAUGUAUUUUCUCGACAGUUUGAGGCACUUUAGCACCAUUUUAAAAAACAAACAAACAACUCCUCUGAGUCUUCUCAGUGUGUGACGGUGUACAGCAAGUUUAAACAGGCGUUUCUUUCUUUCCCACGAAAUUUAAAGCUAGAUCAGAACUGCCAUUUUUUUCCUCGUUAUGAGUGCUGUGGUCGAAGACGGGACUUGUGGUUUAAUAAAUACUCCAAUAUUAUUAUAAUAACCAGAUUAGCAUGUACUGUUUUUGAAGUAUAGCUCAGCGUUUUCGCAUCGUCCAGUCGUCCCCCAGAGUCUCACACUUUUAAGUCAGGAACUUUGUCCAAAUGUACAAAAGAUAAAAAUGUAUGCAUAGAGAUUUUUGUUCUUGUUUUUGUUUUGUUUCUUUUAUUUCUUAAUAUUGAAGAGUUAUUUUUGGAAUCAUUGGUAUAAAAGUUUUAACAAAAAAGAAAAAAGAAAGAAGAGUUCAUAUUUUUGAUAGGACACAUAGGCUACAUUCAUUUUGCAAGUUUGUGUAGCAAACGUUCCUUAAGCACUGAGAAAAAAAACAAAAAAAACUAAUUCAACAGUUAAUUCUAAAAAUAAUCAAAUCUAAUAUAUCAUUUUUUUGUCAUAAAGUGGAAAAUAUCUAAUCCCAAAAAUGCAAUGCAUAAAGAUGAAUGUGCAGGUAAAGGUGUUCAAAAAAAAAAAAGAUGAAAUAAAAGCAGCUUUACACCCUCCGUCAA